GAUCUAAAGGACCCGGCUCUCUUUCGGGCCCUUAACAAGGCUCUUGCCAAGUUCAGUGAAGACACGAUGGUUCUGUACAUGGCAUGGAUUACCAUUUUCAACCUUGGACCACUGUUCAGCGCCGAGCUCUCGGACUCAAUGUCCGGCAGCGCCCCGUCAUCCCAGCCUGAUCGAGUUGUUGAGGCACGCUGUCUCGUCCUUAUGGAGAAACUCCUCGGACAGUGCAUGCCGGCCGCCUUCGUGCAGCUCAAUGUUGCACAGGAGGCUCAGGAGGACAUCCGCCGCAUCACAAAGAACAUCGACUACCCUCUCAACAUCACACUGACCCAAUUCACGGCCAACGGCUCGCAGCCAGCGAGAGACUUCUCCAAGUUCACCACGCGGCCUCACCUGUUCGGUGACAACGGCCGUUUUGCGAGUGUCGCCGAUCUCGAGCAAGCCGCCGCGGACGCAUUGCCGAAAAUGAGCGACUCCGUGCUCGCCAACUACCGGCAGAUCAUGUCGUUCAGGCGAGCACAUUUGGGAAAAGUAUUGUGUGAUAAAGGAGAAAAUUAGUAGAAAGAAAUCGAGCGCAUAGUGCCAGAAAUACUUGAACUUUGCUUUUUUUUAUUUUUUUAUUAUAGCAGGUAAUCAUUAGAGAAAUGUGUUGGCCUGUGAGUACGUAUGUGCAGAUAGUACAAAGGCUGCUCGGAGCGCCCAACGUAAGCAUGGUACAAACCGUAGCGGUCGCUACAAUUAGCUUUGGCUCCUUUGUACCUGCCCUGGUGGCGU